AUGACCUCCAUAUCUUCAGAUGACGGAAAGCCUCGGGACCCUAUCGUCCAAGACUUGCCUGUCGACCUUGAGGGGGAUCUGGAGCAACCCAUUGCCCCCGACCAGUUCGACAAGAAUUACUGCACGACGAAACAUGAAAUAUGGGCCUACUACUCUUACUACAUCGGAAACAAUGGAUUGUCUCUAUUCAACUUUGCACCAACUGCCUUCCAAAACCUGCUCUAUCAAGCAGCUGGUGACGAGGGCCUACUCCUCUUCGCGGGGAAGCAACGCUCCAUCGAGAGCAUCGUUCUUCUUUGCAAUGGCAUUUCAUUCGCAAUCCAGGUUGUCGUCUUCCUAGUCAUUGGCAGCUUCGCCGACUUUGGAACCUGGAGGCCGAAUAUCCUCAUUGGACUAUCAAUCGUCGCAUACGCUAUCGGCUUCGGCUGGCUGGGCGUGCACGACGCUGAGAAAUGGCACGCCGGGGUUGGUCUGUACAUGGUUGGCUUGAUCGCGUAUCAAACAACCCUAACCUUCUGGACGGCCGCAUUCCCAGGACUCGCGCGCAAUACGCCCGAGAUGAAAGCCAAAGCCGAGGAGUACAACACCGGCACCAUCUCGCGCGAGGAGUAUGAUUUUGCGGACACGAUGAAGCGCAGCCAGCUGGCCAACGUUGCGUUCUACGUGCAGUCUGUCGCUGAGAUCUUUAUUCUUGCUGUGAUUGUGGGCAUCAUGUUUGGGUUGCGUGUUGAUGACAGUGAGACAAAUAAUAACUGGGGCUUGAGCGUGCUUAUUGCCUUUGCGAGUGGAGUCUGGCUCCUGGUUUCGCUGCCUUGGUUCUUCCUUGAGAAGCGCCGGCCGGGGAUAGAUACCGCGGGUCGAAAUAUCAUCGUUGCCGGGGUCAAGCAGCUGUAUAUUGCUAUGCGACAGAUUUGGAAACUCAAGCAGAGCUUGCUAUAUCUUGUUGGUUACUUCCUCCUCGGAGACUCGCUAAACACAACCGUCACCGUGAUUGCAACAUUGCAGAAUAGCAUCGUCGCUUACAACACUCUUCAACUAACCUACCUCCUGAUAGUAGGGAUCGCCGCACAGGCAAUCGGCAUCUACACCUUCAUGACCCUGCAAACCCGCUUCCACCUCUCCCCGAAAAUCAUGUUCAACGCCAUCGCCCUCGCCAUAGUCCUCCUCGACACCUGGGGCAUGAUCGGAAUCUGGACGCAAUCAUUCGGCUUUCACCACACAUGGGAAAUCUGGGCGUACCAAGCUUUUUACGGGCUCUUCGUGUGCCCCUGGUACAGCUACUCGCAGAUUCUGAUUUCCGAGGUGACUCCCCGCGGGCACGAGUUCUUGUUCUUCAGCCUAUUUAGCAUCAUCGGGAAGACGUCGUCGUUUAUUGGGCCGUUGGUGUCGAGUGCGAUUAUUGAUGCGUCGGAAUCGGGCAAUGCGAGUUUACCGUUUUAUUUUUUGGCCGCGUUAAGUUUGCUUAGUGCCGGGGUUUUGUGGGUGUGGUUGGAUCUUGAGGGGAGUAAGAGGGAGCAGGAGGUUUUCCUGGAGGAUGAACGGAUCGAGAGGGAGAAACAGAGAGGUGAGAGUGGUGGUAUUCAUAUUUAG